CGGAGUUACCUGAAACUCCAAUUGAGUCUCCGCCCUGUCUUGCCUGCCAGGCGGCAUCUUUCAGGAAGAACGUCGAGCGUCACAAGAGGAGGAAUUCACCUCUUUUCCACGCUUUUAACGAAGCUUCUCCGGCUUUACGCCCUCUCGUUUGGACGGAGGCACCGCGUCAACAUGCUGAUUAAAGAAUUCCGAAUCGUCCUGCCCAUUUCAGUAGAAGAGUAUCAAGUGGGCCAACUGUAUGCAGUAGCAGAGGCCAGCAAGAGCGAGACGGGUGGAGGAGAGGGCGUUGAGGUGUUGCAAAAUGAGCCCUAUGAAAAAGAGGGCGAGAAGGGACAGUAUACCCACAAGAUCUACCAUCUGCAGAGUAAAGUUCCAGCUUUCGUCCGUCUGAUGGCUCCAAAGGGUGCUCUUGAGAUUCACGAGAAGGCCUGGAAUGCAUAUCCCUACUGCAAAACCGUUCUUAGUAAUGCAUACAUGAAAGACAAGUUCAUGAUUCAGAUUGAGACGUGGCACAAGCCCGACAUGGGAGAACAGGACAAUGUACACGGAAUAGAUAAAAAACUAUGGGACAAAACUGCCGUUGUGGACAUUGACAUUGCUGACAGGAGUUGUGUAAAUGCAAAGGACUACAAAGAAGACCAGGAUCCAGCCAUCUUUAGGUCAGAGAAGACAGGCAGAGGGCCUCUAGGACCUGACUGGAAGAAAGAACUUGUCAACAACCCAAGCUGUCCACACAUGUGUGCCUACAAGCUAGUCUCAGUAGACCUCCAGUGGUGGGGACUGCAGAGCAAGCUAGAGAACUUAAUUCACAAGAUGGAAAGGCGCAUUUUCACCCACUUCCACAGGCAGCUGUUCUGCUGGAUUGAUAAAUGGUUUGAUCUCUCCAUGGAUGACAUCAGACGGAUGGAGGACGAGACAAAGAAAGAACUGGAUGAGAUGAGGUUGCGUGAUGAAGUUAAAGGCAUGGCUGCUGAUGAAUGAGUGGUUUUUGGUGCACUGAGUCUGACUCCAUUCCUUACACACUGGACCAAGACAAACCUGACGCCCCCACCAAAUACUGCUGUUCCCUAAUAUGACCGUAUAAUUCAAAAUGGUAAAGCAGCUGUUUAUUGACUGGCUUGUAUAAAAGGGUGAUGAUGCAGGUAACGAUCCAGCUGCAACACUGGUUAUAUUGUACUGACAUAAACAGAUUCUAUCUCUGUAUUAAAUAAAAUGACAUGCAUUUUAAUGUAAUAAGCGGGGUUCUGUACAUUAAAUAUAGCUUUUGUUCAUU